AUGCUAAAAGAAUUAAGCACUGUCAGAGAAUGCAUAGUAAACACAAAUGUGACAUUAAAGUCUAUAAUACAGGACAUAUAUUCGUGUGAUGGACCUAUUGAAUCUCUAACACAAUUAAAUGCUGAUGGUAGAAAUCAAAUUAAUGUAUUUAGAAAUCUAAUAGAAAACUUAGAGCUGUAUGCUCGAGAAGCGGAAAGUCAACAAGAACGAUCAGAAGUUGUAGAAGAAGCCCGCAAUCAGAGAGAAUAUUUAACUAGUAACAUUGCUUCAUUCAGAAAGGCAAAUGUAGAAUGUAUGGCGAGGAUUCACAAAAAAUCUAGUGAACAGUUGUUAGGUACAAGUAAAGAAGAACAAGUGCGACAUAAAUUGAAAAUGGAUAAAGAAAAUUUAUUAAAACAGUCAUCAACCGUUACCAAUCAACUAUUAUCAGUCAGUAGACAACUAGCAAGCACAUCUCAACAAAGCUUAGACACUCUUGAAACUCUUUUAAAGUCAUCUUCAACUGUAUCUAAUAUAAGUAGUGAGAUUAAAAAUGCCAAAGGAGCAUUAACUCAGUCUGAAAAACUUUUAAACAAGUAUGGACAACGUGAAACAACUGACAAAAUUAUUAUUAUGUUUGCUUUUGCAUUUUUUUUAUGUGUUAUUGCUUAUAUUAUUCAAAAACGACUUUUUUGA